GGGUUAGCGACCACCGAGCAGAAGUUUAGACACUUUAUGAAAACGGGGCUUGAUGAUCCUUAUAUGACUUUUUACCCAAAGGCAAAACAAAGUAAUCCUAGAAAACCCAGGAAUAACUUUAAGAAACGUGAGAGAAAUUUGAUCCAGGAAGAAACUUCUAGUUGAGAUCCGGUACCUAUGCAUCCUAGAACAAUAAGAAUGAGAAAUAAGACAACGGAGUAUCCCAGCAGACAAAACUCUGUAGUUCCGACAGAAUUCCAUCAUUUUGAAAGGAUUCCAAAAGGUCAUAACAUGCACCCAAGUGUUCAACAGUUUAACACUGAGAGAAAAGAUGUAAAUAUCAAUAAAGAAAGUGUUAAAAGGACAAAUGCUAGUUACAACGAUUCAAAACUGUUUGAAGAUGAUGAGCUUCAUGUUCCUCCGGUUAAGAUCAGGUCGCAGUUAAAAAGACUCAUACAACUCAAACUUAAAGGAAGAAGUAAAUCAAGAGAUUUUAAAUAUAUUGGAGCUGAUGAACCAGUCCAAAAUAGUAAAGCAAAUGCUUUGGUAGUACUUUCCAACAGAAGUAUGCUUAAAUACCCUAGUAGGUGUAAGAAGAAUUCGAAAAGAUCAAUCAAGAUUUAUAAUAACAUCUCUGAUCAUUCUCUGAGCUACAGAAAGACACAUAACAGAAGUGCUUCUCAUUCAGAAAGUCUUACUCUGAAUGGACUAAAAGCCAGCAAUUUUCCUAAGGCGAUCAGAAUUCCUAACUCUAGAAAAAUAAUCAAGAUAUCAUCAUUUUACCAGAAAGAGCCUGAAAAAUCAUUUAAAAUGCGUAUUCUUUCCCAAAAACUAAACUCUUGGAUAAGAGUUAAGAGUAAAGCAUAGGUUACCCACCUGAGUAUUUUGUAAAUGAGACUGUAUAUUUCAGUA